AUGAUCCUGCUCAUCAUCAACGGCCGGCCGCGCUCGGCUAAAUCCUUCUCGCUGGGCUUUAUGAUCGUCUCGCGGCCCAAUGGCGUGGCCGAGUCGCUGCCAACGAAGCUCACCGAGGACACCGUCAAGCUGGGCGCUACCCGACACAACAUCGUCAGCGCCGUCGAAGCUUUCUCAGUGGCAGGCGUUCCCGACGGCACGCUGCGCUCCGACGUCCGCGCCGAUAACGUGGUGGCUAGCCUCGUAGUCGCUGGUAGUGCUGUGGGAGUGGCGGCGGCGAACGACGAGCCUGGCGAUGUCGCGGGCCUAGAAGCCGAUCUAAAACGCCGCGAUGCCAACGAGAAUUGA